CUGGUUUAAAAUGACAGUCUCAAGUUCAUUUAGGAAGAGAAGGCUAAUUCACAGAAGCAGCCAGGCAAGCUUCCUUUCUCAGUAGGAAUAUUCCUACCCUCCUUCCCAUGGCCCACCUGGGAGCCCAUUUUGCCUUUAGAUCCCGCUGGCAGAAGACCGACGAUGAACUCUGUCGACAUAGCAUGUCCUUUAUCCUGCACAGAGCCAUUCGCAAUGACUUCUUUCAGAGCUACCUCUACCUGCUGGAAAAGAUUCCUCUGGUGAAACUCUAUGCUUUAACAAGCCAAGUUAUCGAUGGUGAAAUGCAGUUCUAUGCAAGAGCCAAACAUUUCUACCAAGAAGUACCAGCCACUGAAGAGGGUAUGAUGGGAAAUUUCAUUGAACUGUCCAACCCAGAUAUCCAGGCCUCUCGAGAAUUUCUAAGGAAAUUUGUUGGGGGGCCUGGGAAAGCUGGAACAGACUGCGCCUUGGACUGUGGCUCUGGUAUAGGACGAGUCAGCAAGAACGUGCUGCUGCCUGUUUUCAACAGUGUGGAACUGGUGGACAUGAUGGAGUCCUUCCUCCUCGAAGCCCAGAACUACCUGCAGGUCGAAGGUGACAAGGUGGAAAGCUACCACUGCUACAGCCUGCAGGAAUUCACACCCCCCUUCGGGAGAUACGAUGUCAUUUGGAUUCAGUGGGUUUCCGGGUACCUAACUGAUAAGGACCUUCUUGCGUUUCUUUCCCGGUGCCGAGAUGGCUUGAAAGAAAACGGCGUCAUCGUGCUGAAAGACAAUGUGGCGCGGGAGGGCUGCGUCUUCGAUCUCUCGGACAGCAGUGUCACUCGGGACAUGGACAUCCUCCGGAGCCUCAUUCGCAAGAGUGGGCUGGUGGUGCUGGGCCAGGAGAAGCAGGAGGGCUUUCCAGAGCAGUGCAUCCCGGUGUGGAUGUUCGCACUGCACAGCCACGGACGAUCCUGACCGGCGGCCGUGGUGAGGACCGGGUGGGACAGCCGCGCUUCGGGACAGGGGUAUUUUUCCUCGGAGGUGCCCCUUGUCAUGCUGACGGCAAAGGAGAGAAGGGAUACAGUGCAAGUCUGGAAAUGACUGAUGACGUCAUAGGUACAAAUUUUCACUAACGAUAUCAUGUCCACAUUCUGAAAUGCACACACUUAGAUGUGCACGGACUCUAUUGAGACAUGUAUAUACUUUGUGGAUUUUCUGAAAGAGGGAGUGAAACAGGAAAAGUACUUUAAAGAAAUUACCUGGAUGUAUCUAGAUUGUAUGGGGCAGAGAGGGUGGGAAUCAAUGUCUAGAAAUUCUAAGCUGUCUUGGUCCUGGCUGAUGGGUGUUACAGCGGCAUCGCCGAUGGCUGGGAGAAAAUCUAGACUCCAUUCCUUGCCCUCAUCACAUUUCCUUCUUCUUUGGUACCAUUUCUCUUGAACAAACUUCUUCCCCUAAUUAAGAAGGCACUAGUCAAAAUAAUCGUAUGAAAGCAAGUUCUUUACUCAUUUUGUCUUAGUCUUUCUCUUGGCAGAAAAAGUAUAUAGUUUCACUUUCUACUUUGGGUCUGUUUUACUGCCUAAUGAUGUGAUAUGGAUUCAGUUUGAUAAUAGGAGUCUGCCUUGCGGUGAUGAGGAAGUGUCUCCUUUCAGGAGAAAGAGUGGAGUACCGGAAUUUCAGCCUUGAACAUAUAAGCUAAUGUCAUUGAUAAUCUAAUUUUAGUUAUUAGCUUCCAACACUGUGUGCUUCAUUGCAGCUGCUCCUAGUUGCUUGAUUGAAAUGAAUGUGCGUUGGAAAGAGAAGCAGCAGAGGAAGUGAUAAACCCGACAAAGGAGCUGGAUUAACACAAGGCUUUUGUUUAAUUAAAAAUAAUCUAAGAACUUUCAAAAUGCAACUCAAUUUAUUUUAGAAGAAUGUUUAUGUGAUCCCUUUGACUCCUAGAACUAUCAUUAUGAUCAAUUGUGAACAGAAAUUGAUCACCGGGACUAGAGAGAUGGCAUUGGUACAUGCCACCUUGAUGGGAUUGAAUUGAAAUCCCCUGGCACAUUUCUAAGUCUACCAUUUGAGGCAAGUCAGAUUGAGCAUGUCCCAAACUGUACAUCUACUCCCUCUCUUAUUCCCACUCUUAUAUAUAAGAGAGACCACUUUUCAGUUAAAUUUCAGCACCUAAGAAUAAUUGUGUGUUAAUUACAGAGUUCAACCAAUAGUAUUAAGUAGAACAAAAGAAAUACUAAAAGGGAUAAAGUAUUAAGUUGUACAUCAACAGUCAGGACAAGGGCUGAUCAAGUCACUGUUUCUCAUAGUGUCCAUUUCACUUCAACAGGUUUCCUUUUAGGUGCUCAGUUGUCACCGAUCAGGGAGAACAUAUGAUAUUUGUCCCUUUGGGACUGGCUUAUUUCACUCAGCAUGAUGUUUUCCAGAUUACUCCAUUUUGUUGCAAAUGAUCGGAUUUCAUUGUUUUUUUUUUUACUGCUGUAUAGUAUUCCAUAGAGUACAUGCCCCAUAAUUUCUUUAUCCAGUCUACUGUUGAUGGGCAUUUAGGUUGAUCCCAGGACUUAGCUAUUGUGAAUUGAGCUGCAAUAAACAUUAAGGUACAGACAGCUUUUGUGUUUGCCAAUUUAAUUUCCUUUGGGUAAAUUCCAAGGAGUGGGAUGGCUGGGUUGUAUGGUAGGGUUAUAUUCAAGUUUCUGAGGAAUCUCCAGACUGACUUCCAUAGUGGCUUUACCAGUUUGCAUUCACAGCAAACUCAGAAUGGCAGAUGUCUUAAACAGCAUUCUGGCCUCCGAAUCAGCCCUUAAGGCAUUUGGGUCUGGCUGAAGAGCCCAUGAGAGUAUUUUAGGCAUGGAAAGCCAAGACACUCUGGCAAAGCAAACAAACAAAAACAAAACAAAACAAGAAAAAAAUAAAUGAAAGAUCUCUGCAAGUGAGAUCCCAGUGGAAAGAACGGGCCAUCAAAGAAGGAGGUACCUUUCUCUGAAGGGAGGAGAGAAUUUCCACUUUGACUAUGACCUGUCUAAAUAAGAUUGAAAUUGGUGAACUCAAAAGGCCUCCAUAGCCUUGGCAACUCAUGACAAGAGCCUAGGGAGAUUACUGAUGCCAUAAAGAAGAGUGUCAAUUUGUUAAGUCAACAACAGGAGUCACUGUGCACUUGCUCCUCAUGUAGGAUCUCUGUCCUUAAUGUGUUGUUCAAUGUGAAUUAAUGCUGUAACUAGUACUCAAACAGUAUUUUACACUUUAUGUUCUGUGUGGGUGCAAACUGUUAAAAUAUUUACUUAAUGUAUGCUAAAUUGAUCUUCUGUAUAUAAAGAUAAUUGAAAAUGAAUCUUGGCCGGUGCCACGGCUCACUAGGCUAAUCAUCCGCCUUGCGGCGCCAGCACACCAGGUUCUAGUCCGCUCAGGGCACCGAAUUCUGUCCUGGUUGCCCCUCUUCCAGGCCAACUCUCUGUUGUGGCCAGGGAGUGCAGUGGAGGAUGGCCCAAGUACUUGGACCCUGCACCCCAUGGGAGACCAGGAUAAGUACCUGGCUCCUGCCAUCGGAUCAGUGUGGUGCGCCGGCUGCAGCACACCAGCUGCGGCGGCCAUUGGAGGGUGAACCAAUGGCAAAGGAAGACCUUUCUCUCUGUCUCUCUCUCUCUCACUGUCCACUCUGCCUGUCAAAGAAAAAAAAAAAAAAGAAAAAAAAAGAAAAUGAAUCUUGAUGCAAAUGGAAUGGGAGAGGGAGUGGGAGAUGGGAAGGUUGCAGGAGGGAGGGAGGGAAGUUAUGGGGGGGAAAAGCCAUUGUAAUCCAUAAGCUGUACUUUGGAAA